ACGAAAAAAGGUGUGAUGAAAAAUCGCUGAUCAGGUAUUUAAAGUUAGAUGUUUCAUGGAUAAAACUUGAGGGGACUUUAACAUCUGAUUCAUUGCACCGUUUGAUAGACUUCUUGUUGUUUCAUUCCACGACUUUAUGCAUUAGCAGCCAGUAGCGCAGGUACAAACCAAAAUGCUAAGACUGAUUGUCAUUGCCGCUGUGCUUGUAUCAUCAGCUAGUGCUGCAUGUAAAUGUGGUCCUGCUCAAUACAUGGGAGGCCUUGGGAGUGUUGUCGGUGAAUCAACACAGCCUCCUCUUGGACUGAACGUUGCUGAGUUUGGUGCAUGGGACUUUGUGAACCGUAGGUUCGGAUUUAAGGUUGAUCUGGUUUUUUCUAAUGGCACUUCAGUCAGCUACAGGAUGAUCCAGAACUAUACAGAGGGUGCUCAGUGGAUUUUCAUAGAUGAGUACAAGUUCUGUGAGAAGCAAAAGGCAGUGUUACCAGAGCCUUCAAAUUGCAUUCCAGAAACUGCGACCUCCUUUGGUAAACUGUAUGUCGGAGGCUUUAGUGGAUCUAGUGAUACAUUAGAAGUGGAGACCUGGGUUAAUACAAUCAGUGAAGGCACUCUAAUGGGAUCUGGUAGUAUGACAGUGAGGACCAAGGACUGUUUCCCUGUAGGUGCUCAAUUCAUGGGUACCAGUACUGAGAUGGGACCAGCAACUGCGGUAAUUAUGUCUUCUGGUUGGUAUAACAUGACAGAAGGUAUCCCCCAUCCUGAAGAUUGGUUUACCCUUCCCAGCUACUGCAACUCACAGGAGUCGAAUGCAGUAAAGCGCCAUCCUAUUCAAAAGCUGAAUUUUAAGAGGUUCUUCUAAGUAUUGUCAUAUUGCAAAGGGAUCCAGAUCAGAUGCAUUUUACAUAGGGAAUUUGAUAUUUGAAUUUUUUUUAAUUAUUUUUAUUACCAAUUCUUGAUUUGUAAGUUAUACAAAAUAAUUAGUAUACUAGGAUAAAUACUGACUCACAUGGUCCUUGUAAAGUGUGAUGAUGUUCUCUUCAUCAUGGAGGCUUGCGCCAAUCAAAGUGGAAGAAAUUUAAUUUCUAUUUUGUGUGUUUAGAUGAUACAUGCUCACCAUUGUUCAUUAUCAUGUUGGCAAACCAUUCUUUCAAGACUUGCAUAAUAGCACAGGCGAUAAAUGAGAAUU